AUGGUUGGCCUUGUGGCUGGUGGUGGUCGGGUAGACAAACCAAUUUUGAAAGCUGGUCGUGCUUAUCACAAGUACAAAGCUAAAAGGCAUUGCUGGCCUCGAGUCAGGGGUGUGGCUAUGAAUCCUGUCGAGCAUCCUCAUGGUGGUGGUAAUCAUCAACACAUUGGUAAACCAUCUACUAUCCGACGUGAUGCAUCGCAUGGUAGAAAGGUUGGUCUGAUUGCUGCUAGACGAACAGGACGUAUUCGUGGUACUCGCACUAUUGUUUCUAAGUCUGACAAAGAAUAA